GAGCUCGAACAGAUGGCGAAGGAGCAAGAUAAAGAGUCGGAGAAACAAGCCUUGCUGCGGGAAGUGGAAAACCAUAAGAAGCAAAUGCUCAGCAAUCAGGCAGCUUGGAGAAAGGCAAAUCUAGCUUGUAAAAUUGCCAUCGACAACUCUGAGAAAGACCAGCUGCUGCAGGGAAGGGACUCCUUAAGACAAAGGAAGACUACAAAGGAAAGUCUGGCAGAGAGUGCAAGUAACAUCACAGAGAGUCUGAUGGGCAUUAGCAGGAUGAUGUCACAGCAAGUCCAGCAGAGUGAGGAGACCGUGCAAACCCUAGCCAAUUCUUCACGAACCAUCCUGGAAGCAAAUGAAGAAUUUAAGUCCAUGUCUGGGACCAUUCAGCUGGGGCGGAAGCUAAUCACCAAGUACAAUCGCAGGGAGCUGACGGACAAGCUGCUCAUCUUCCUCGCCCUCGCCUUAUUCCUGGCCACGGUGCUCUAUAUUUUGAAGAAAAGACUCUUCCCAUUUUUGUAAAAUUCCAAAGCUAAACUGAAUCAUGACAAAAGAUCACAAAGAGAGAACAUAACAACGAUAGGCUUUUAAAUUAAAAACAAAAAGGGAUAUUGCAAUAGCCGAAAGAGCGUUAGAGCAGGCGUGACUUUAUACUGUCCCCAUGGAGCAUGCGACCUGCCUAAGAACAGCUUAAAUGGACACAAGUUGG